UAAUUUAUAGGAUUUUUUUUUCGUAUUAAUAGAUAAAAGUGCUAUGCUUGUCUAGUGGUAAAUAAUAAUAAUUUAUUGUAUUUUAAAACUCUUCUUACGCAACAAAAGAACCGGAAAAGCAAAGCGUGAACUCGGAACUUCGUCCAAUUGAAAAGCUGGGUGAGCUGGAUGGUUCACAGCCAUGAAGGAGCACUGACUGAAGAAAGAUGAAUGCAAGGAGAAGAGGAGGGAAGCCAAACAGAGGAGGAGGAAGGUUUAACAAGCCAAGAGGAGGUGGAGGAGGCGGUGGAGGUGGAAGUCGGAAGGGAGGAGGAGCUGCUCGCUGGGACGAUGAUGAUGAUGAUUUCAGCCUUGAUUUUGGACCGUCUCGUUCCAGCAGAGCUCCAAAAGGACGCGGCGGUGGCGGUGGCAGCCGUGCCAGGGGGAGAGACGAAGGACGAGGAAGGGGAUUAAGAAGUGAUAGAAAGCCUCUCCCCAGGUCCUUGGUGAAUACCAGGAUCCCUCCAAAACCAGGCAAUGGCAACAGGCCAGAGACCAGCAGCAUGCCCUUACAGAGGAUCCAUAUGACCAGUGACAACCAAGAAAAGCUGAAGGAGUUACUGCGGGAACUACAGACGCAGGAUUUUGAUGAGCCUUACGAUGAUACUGGCUCCGAUUAUUCAGAUAAGGAGGAUGAGGAAUUUGAUAAACUGGACCACCGUGAUGAAGGCCAGUUUUGGGUCACCAAUGAUGAGCCUGUGGAGCGAGCAGAGAGCCCUGCUUAUGACCCAGAGGAGGAGGAACGCCCCACACCUGAACCCAUCAUCUCUUUAUUUGCCAUCGGAAAACUCUGCAGAUAUGGCUUUGACCGAGAGAGAGCCAAACAGGCUCUGGAGUCCGGUGGAGGAGAAUUUGGGGCGACCUUGGAGCAGCUCCUCCUUCAAGUCUUCAGCGAACGCUAUGGACAGAAAGCCGUUUUCCCUGAUGACCUCCAGGGGGUGCCGAUGGAUGAAUGCCUGAGCCAGAGGCAGGAGGAAGCCCUGGCGCUUGCUGCUAUUUAUGGAGAGCGCUUCACGGAGCGAAUCGCCAACUCUGUGUGGACGGUUUCUUUGGAUGUGCCGUUCCUCUCAGAGAAACCAGCUAAAAUCACAGGAGCAGCUGUGAGCAAAAAGAGCCGUGAGGUCUGCAAAUUCUACCUAAAAGACCGCGGCUGCCGCUUCGGCGACAAAUGUCGGUUCAGGCACGAACUCCCAGGAAAGGAAAAGUCUGUGACUGGUUCCUCGGACCUGGAUGGCCCAAGCAUGCCUGGCAUCAGCAGCUAUUCCCCUCCAGAAUAUGAGCUGGAGGUCCGCUUCCCUAAAGGAAGCCGUUAUCCUCAUCAGGCGCCGAUAGUGGCUUUCAGCACCAAUGAUGAGUCCGUUGGAGCUGCGGGGAGACUCUGUGUCACCGAGAGGUUGUUCGAAGAGGCGCUGUCUGCGGCGAAAAGCGGCGAGCCUGUCGUUUACACCCUGAUCACCUUAUGUGAGGAUGAGCUCAGCAUGAAGGAGCUUCUAGCUCUCAGCCAUCACAAAUACAGCACACCUCCCCCCAUGUUGGUACCACAACCCACCUCUCUGUCCAUCGCAAAGAGUAAGAGUGUGAGGAGCGGCGCCUCAGAGGAGAGCAGGAGUAGCAGCGCAAACAGCAGGAGGGCCGCCCCACCCGCUACCCAGAAAACAUCAGAUGUGAAAGAGAACGGAGAGGCAGAGGAGCCUGAAGAGGAGGUGGAGGUUGAAGCUGUCCCAGUCGAGACGGAGAGCUACGUCAACCUGAGGAAGAAGAUGGAGAGCAAGCACAGUCAGAGGGUGGAGAACCUUCUGCCGGAAAAUGCCAAGCUGUGUCGGGAAUUCCAGAGGAAACAGUCUUCGAGGCGCUUUAAAUCCAUGCUGGAGCAGCGGAGGAGCCUUCCAGCUUGGCAAGAAAAAGAGCAAAUCCUGGAUGAGCUGAACAGGUGUCAGGUUCUGGUGGUCAGUGGAAUGACGGGGUGUGGUAAAACCACUCAGAUUCCUCAGUUCAUCCUGGACGCCUCUCUGUGCGGCCCCGCCCCAGACGUGGCCAACAUCAUCUGCACCCAGCCUCGCCGUAUUUCUGCCAUCUCCGUGGCUCAGAGAGUCGCACAGGAGCGCGCCGAGUCUCUGGGGAACUCUGUGGGCUACCAGAUCCGCCUGGAGAGCGUCAGGACAUCUGCCACCAGGCUGCUGUACUGCACCACAGGCGUGCUGCUCAGAAGACUGGAGGGCGACGCCGACCUCAGGGGCGUCUCGCACGUUAUCGUGGAUGAGGUGCACGAAAGAACGGAAGAAAGUGACUUCCUACUGUUGGUGCUAAAGGAUCUAAUUACAAAGAGGCAAGACCUGAAGAUUAUUUUAAUGAGUGCCACCCUUAACGCCAACCUCUUCUCAGAGUAUUUCUACAACUGUCCCACCAUCCAUAUACCGGGACGUACUUUCCCUGUUGACCAGUUUUUCCUUGAAGACGCCAUCGCUAAAACUGGCUAUGUCAUUGAGGACGGCAGCCCGUAUUUACGCUCAGGGAAACAAAAUUCGUCUUCCACGAGUGGGCGAGGAGGUAAAGGUGAUCCGAGGAACAUGGUGGACGAUUUAGGCGAUGACGUGUGGAACUUCAUGUCUUUCUAUAAGAAAGACUUUGUUAAAGACUCUGUUCCAGACCAGCAGCUCAACCUGCAGGAGCUCACAGUUCGAUAUAAAGAUACGAAAAAGUCUGUCCUUAAAACUAUUGCUGCGAUGGACCUGGACAAGAUCAACAUGGACUUGGUGGAGAGUCUGCUGGAGUGGAUAGUGGAUGGAAAACACAGCUACCCACCAGGUGCGGUGUUGGUGUUCCUGCCGGGUCUGGCUGAGAUUAAAAUGCUCUAUGAGCAGCUGCAGUCCAACAGGAUUUUUAACAACAGGCGAACAUCAAGGUGUGUGGUGUACCCCCUCCAUUCAACCUUAUCCAACGAGGAGCAGCAGGCCGUCUUCAGCCGCCCUCCUGAGGGCGUCACGAAGAUCAUCAUCUCCACCAACAUCGCUGAGACCUCCGUCACCAUCGACGACGUGGUUUACGUCAUUGACUCUGGCAAGAUGAAGGAAAAGAGGUAUGACGCAUCCAAAAGCAUGGAGAGCCUGGAGGACUCGUGGGUGUCCAGAGCCAACGCGCUGCAGAGGAAAGGUCGAGCAGGUCGCGUGGCCUCUGGGGUUUGCUUCCAUCUCUUCACAAGCCACUGCUUCCACCACCAGCUGGCUGAGCAGCAGCUGCCUGAGAUCCAGAGAGUCCCUCUGGAGCAGCUCUGCCUCCGAAUUAAGAUCCUGGAUUUGUUUGCCGAACAGCCGCUGGAGUCGGUCUUCUCUCGGCUCAUCGAGCCCCCGGCUGAAGGCAGCCUGGACGCUGCCAGGCAGCGUCUCCAGGACCUGGGUGCUCUGACCGCAGAUGAGAAGCUGACCCCGCUGGGCUACCACCUGGCCUGCCUGCCUGUCGACGUGCGCAUAGGAAAACUGAUGCUGUUUGGCGCCAUUUUUCGCUGCCUCGACCCGGCGCUCACCAUCGCCGCCAGUCUGGCCUUUAAAUCUCCAUUUGUGUCUCCGUGGGAUAAGAGAGAGGAAGCUGGCGAGAAGAAGCUUGCCUUCUCAUUGGCUAACAGUGACCAUCUGGCUUUGUUACAAGCAUACAAGGGUUGGUGCUGCGCUGCAAAGAACGGUAACCAGGCCGGCUUCCUCUACUGUAGGGAGAACUUCCUGUCCUGGCGCAGUUUACAGGAGAUCGCCAGCCUGAAGAGACAGUUUGCAGAGCUGCUGUCGGACAUCGGCUUCAUUAAGGAGGGAUUGAGGGCCAGAGUUAUUGAACGUCUUUCCUCAAAGGGAACGGAUGGUGUUUUAGAGGCUACUGGACCUGAGGCCAACCUUAAUUCGGAUAACAUCCGUCUGAUGUCUGCAAUGCUGUGUGCAGCUCUCUAUCCAAACGUCGUCCAGGUACGAGCACCUCAGGGGAAUUACAAGAUGACCAGCAAGGGAGCAAUGAAGAUGCAACCGAAAGCCAACGAGCUGCGCUUUAUGACCAAGAACGACGGCUGCGUCCACGUUCACCCAUCGUCUGUUAACUACACGGUCCGCCACUAUGACAGUCCCUACCUGGUUUACCACGAGAAGGUAAAGACGAGCCGCAUUUUCAUCAGGGACUGCAGCAUGGUGUCCGUCUACCCGCUGGUGCUGUUCGGAGGGGGUCAGGUCAACGUGGAGCUGCACAAAGGAGAGUUUGUCAUCUCCCUGGAUGACGGGUGGAUCCGAUUCGCUGCAGCUUCGCAUCAGGUGGCUGAGCUGGUAAAGGAGCUGCGCUGGGAGCUGGACCAGCUGCUGGAAGAUAAAAUCAGGAACCCAAGCAUGGACCUAUGCACCUGUCCCCGUGGUUCUCGCAUCAUCCGCAUGAUCGUCCAACUUAUAACCACUCAGUAACUCUCCAGCUGGAAGCCUCACGAUCCCCCUAAGGGCUUAAAUGAGUGGAGCUCUGCCAUGGACUAUAAAUAAAUAUAUUGUCAAAGGGAAACUCUGGUAUUUUACUUCACUAAUUAAGACAUUGGAUGCAUGAAUUUAUGUUACUGCAUAAAGGGGAAAAAAUGCUUUAAAAAAAAAAACACCUAUGCAGAUGAUGAAGUCUUAUUUAUUAAUCUUUCAUGUUUUGAUUCCAUGCACUGUUUUCCUGCACUUGAUGUCAAGUAAACUUUGUAUACAGCAGUUUUAUUUUGGGUUGUGUGUAACACAACACUGUUUUCUUGGAUCCAUAUUGGAUUUUCUUCAUUUUUUUUUAUGUGACUGCAUGCAAAUGUGUAUUUGUACUGCACGACUGAGUGAUCCAAGAGCUGCUGCAUGGCGUUGAGAUGUUUUUUAAAUCUGCUGAAUGUAUUUUUCUGUCAUAAUUACACUUUAUUAUGUGAAUGGAAAGGUUUUGGAGUGAAGGCGGGAGACGGUGUCUGUUUCUAAAGACAACUGUUGUUUUUGCAAGCGAUAAAAUCCACUCAACAGUUCCUUGCAAAUAAAGCUUUGAGGUUUAUCUGAUUUACA